CUCCCCGAGAGCAACUUGUAUUAACACCGAGUGGAAUAACGGCUUCUCUCUAUUUCUCAUUCUACUCUUUGGACUAGCCCGAAUACUCUGAACCAUGCCUGUGUCUAGAAUGCGUAUGCGACCUUGGCUGGAGGAUAAAAUAGAAUCCAAUACAAUUGCCGGACUUGUCUGGGUGGAUAAGGAGAAAAAAAUGUUCUCCAUUCCUUGGAAACAUGCCGCCCGCCAUGGCUGGGAGAUGGAUAAAGACGCCUGCUUGUUUAAACAAUGGGCCAUCCAUACAGGGAAAUUCAAGCCAGGUGUCCAUGAUCCGGACCCCAAAACAUGGAAGGCCAAUUUCCGUUGUGCCAUGAACUCCCUGCCUGACAUUGAGGAAGUGAAGGACAAAAGUAUCAACAAAGGCUGCGAGGCAGUGCGUGUCUACCGCAUGCUACAGGUGGAGAAGAACAAAGGAAAGAAGUCACCAAAGAUGGCAGACUGCAGGAAGAAGAGGAAGGCAUCAAAGCUGAAGGCAGAGAAAAUGGAUGUUGAAGAGACAUCCACAGGAGAGCAGUCUUACACCCAAAAGCAGGAAGACAGGACCACUCAGGACAAUACCAUAGACAGCACUGAAAAUCUGAAUGCAGGAAGCCCUACUUAUGAUGUUGCACCCUGCUCUGCAUAUGAAGUGGAAAUUUCUGACAGCGAUUUUCUCUAUAAAUUCCAGCUUUCGCCUAUUCACACGACAGACUAUGAGGAAAAUGAAGCUAUUGUUGAGCAGAUCACACGGCAAUUGGAACUUGAUAGUACGCAGUGGCUACAAAGCAAUAGCAGCGGAAAGGGGUUCCUGUGCAAUGAAGUAGGCAUGACAGAAUCUUACCACAGUCCAGAGAGCCAAUGGAGUGAUAACUCAGGGGAGGAGCUUGAAUUGCGAUUUUACACAGAACUGAGCUCAGGCUUGCCUACCACUGAAGAGCUAAGCUACACAGAGCCAUGGAACAGCAUCCAGCACACCACCAGCUUGCUACCAGUUGGCUGUCCUCUCUGAGAGCUAUUGGGUGCUUAGCCCAACGAUUCUUCUUUAUACCUCACAUUGGGGGUUCAAAAGCCCUUUUCCAUCACUGACUACGAACUUGAUAUCACCGAAAGCCUAACUAGCAAAAGAACAUCUUCAGAUGGAAGGCUGUAAUGCAAGACAGAUCAUCAGUGAACCAACAUUUGACUUUAUGGAUAUUUUCUCAAACUUGCUGUUGUUACACUAGGAUUGAGUAUUUUCAGGUGUCUGGCUAUCCUGCUGUUCUUUGCUAAAAGCCACAAUCUUGACAACCAUGACGCAUGACUUUAGUCUUGUUUGGGAUAAAGUUGUUAGGUUUGGAGGCCUGCGACUUGUAUAUAAACACAGACAUGUAAUCUCAUUUAAUGUGAUGUUUAAUAGUUUCCGUUAUUGAAAUACAUCAGGGGUUUAAUGCUUUUUUUCCUGAAACUUUGCUUGGUAACUCUUUUAAGAUCUUGUCAGCUUUGGGUGAAUAUCUUUAAGCCAUUUGUAAAUAAUGUAUAAUAAUGUUUUGUAAUAAAAAGUGAAAAUGUA